CACGUCGGCGUAACACGUGCAGUCAGCGGAGAUUUCCAGAAGCUGCGAGAGUGGUCGGAGCCCGAGGCCGCCUGUCGGAACCCCCCGCCCGCAGAACCUGCGCCCCCGCCGGAUCGACCUGAGCAACACGCCGCCGUCAUGCUCUACCUGGUGCGCUCGGCCUCUCGGCGCCUUGCCGCCGCCACCACGGGCCAUUGGAAUGGACUGAGCCAGGAUGUACUUCAAACAUUGACAAGGCGUAAUUAUGCGUCAGAAGCUAUUAGAGGUGCAGUUAUUGGUAUUGAUCUGGGCACAACUAAUUCCUGCGUUGCUGUGAUGGAAGGCAAGCAAGCAAAGGUACUUGAAAAUUCAGAAGGUGCAAGAACAACUCCCUCUGUAGUUGCCUUUACAGCAGAUGGAGAACGUUUAGUUGGGAUGCCAGCCAAAAGGCAAGCAGUAACUAACCCUAAGAACACCUUAUAUGCUACAAAACGCUUGAUCGGACGACGUUUUGAUGAUGCUGAAGUACAGAAAGAUAUCCAAAAUGUGUCAUAUAAAAUUGUUCGUGCCUCUAAUGGUGAUGCAUGGGUGGAAGCUCAUGGGAAGAUGUACUCUCCAAGCCAAGUGGGAGCAUUUGUCCUGAUGAAGAUGAAGGAAACAGCAGAAAGCUACCUGGGACAAUCUGUGAAGAAUGCAGUUAUCACGGUUCCUGCAUAUUUCAAUGAUUCCCAAAGACAGGCUACAAAAGAUGCUGGACAGAUAUCUGGAUUGAAUGUCCUACGAGUCAUUAAUGAACCCACUGCAGCAGCUCUAGCGUAUGGAUUGGACAAAUCUGAAGACAAAGUUAUUGCUGUCUACGAUCUGGGUGGUGGCACCUUUGAUAUUUCUGUUCUGGAGAUUCAGAAAGGAGUCUUUGAAGUAAAAUCCACAAAUGGGGAUACUUUUUUGGGCGGUGAAGACUUUGACCAGGCACUACUCAAACACAUCAUCAAAGAAUUCAAGAGAGAGUCUGGUGUGGAUCUCACCAAAGACAACAUGGCUCUGCAACGUGUAAGAGAAGCAGCAGAGAAAGCCAAAUGUGAGUUGUCUUCAUCCCUUCAGACUGACAUCAAUCUUCCUUAUUUGACAAUGGAUGCAUCUGGACCAAAGCACUUAAAUAUUAAAAUUACUCGUGCUCAAUUUGAGAACAUUGUUGCUGAUCUAAUUAAGAGGACUGUUAAACCUUGCCAGAAAGCUAUGCAAGAUGCUGAAGUGAACAAAAGUGACAUUGGUGAGGUCAUUCUUGUAGGUGGAAUGAGCAGAAUGCCAAAGGUUCAGGCAACGGUUCAAGAGCUCUUUGGUCGUUCCCCCAGUAAGUCAGUAAAUCCAGAUGAAGCUGUGGCUGUCGGUGCUGCCAUCCAAGGUGGAGUGCUUGCUGGUGAUGUCACAGAUGUCUUGCUGCUUGAUGUAACACCUUUGUCACUGGGUAUUGAGACCUUGGGAGGUGUUUUCACUAAGCUCAUCAACAGGAACACAACAAUUCCAACAAAGAAAGGCCAGGUCUUUUCAACAGCUGCUGAUGGUCAGACACAGGUUGAAAUCAAAGUGUUCCAAGGAGAGCGAGAGAUGGCAGCUGACAACAAGCUUCUAGGACAGUUCACUUUGGUUGGUGUGCCUCCAGCACCCCGUGGUGUUCCUCAAAUUGAAGUUACAUUCGAUAUUGAUGCCAAUGGUAUUGUCCACGUUUCUGCAAGAGACAAAGGCACAGGCCGUGAGCAGCAAAUUGUUAUCCAGUCUUCUGGUGGACUGAGCAAGGAUGAUAUUGAGAACAUGAUUAAGAAUGCAGAGAAAUAUGCUGAAGAAGACAGGAGGAGAAAGGAAACAGUUGAAGCAGUCAACACUGCUGAAGGAAUUAUUCAUGACACAGAAUCUAAAAUGGAAGAGUUCAAGGAUCAGCUUCCUAAAGAGGAGUGUGAUAAAUUGAGAGAAGAGAUUACCAAGGUGAAGGAUCUGUUGGCACGCAAGGAUUCUGAGACAGGUGAAGCCAUUAAAGCAGCAGCAUCCAAUCUACAGCAGGCUUCACUGAAGCUCUUUGAGAUUGCAUACAAGAAGAUGGCAUCCGAGAGGGAUAGCUCAGGCAGCGCAGAAAAUACAGAGAGUGGAGACAAGAAAGAAGAGAAACAAUAGAAGACCCUGAAGUAAAUGCUAUAAUGAACUGGCAAAGGGGCGUAAGCUUGGGAGCAGCAGAGCAAGCAAAGAACUUAUUUCCCUGAGCGAAUUUGCACGAUAUUCAUUCUUGUACUGUGUUUUUGCAGUAUCCUAUACAUAGUUUUGCUUUCUGAGUAAUAUCAGCAUUGAGUCUGCAUUUUAACAAAUGACAGAUGCCAUUCCUGUGACUUAAAUUACUUUCUGUAAGAAAUGUAUCUCGAAGAGCCAGACUGUUAGAAUAAAUAAACUGUUUACAGUGAGAUUGUAACUUCCUGUAUGUGGUAAGUUCCUUUCAUUUGGGUAGUGGCAGUGAAAUACAGUAGUUCAUAGGCCACUGGCAAUGUCUUAAUUUAUAAGCAGGUUGGUUUGAUCAUGGAAGACCAUUUUGUUCAGCGUCGGUGUAAAAUGGGUAGUAGCACUUGUUUGACUCUAAAUCUGGUGAAUAAUAUUUUUGGGACUUGUGCACAAGAGGUGACUUAUGAAUGCUUGAAAUGAAAACUAUACAACAAAUACAGUCCAAAGGAAAUAGUAUGUAUAACAUUAUUUAUAAGAACUCCUUCACCUACAAUGAUCUUUCAGCUGGAUGAUUGUUAACUUAAAAUGACUUUUCACUUUUAUCAUGUACUUUGUUCAUUACCAGCACCAUUUAUCUAUUCCCUAUUCAGCUCCUUUAAAUGAUGAUAAUGUUUGCUUUUGUUCACUGAUUUGUUUAAUAGAAAAAGCCACAUUACACAAGGCCAUCUCUGGUUCUUACACGAGAUACAGUUGCUACAUUGAGAUGAUGCUAAAGACACAGGUACUUUCACAUCGUUGAGUUUAUGAUCCAAUCAGUUACAUACUGGAUAAAUUAUUUUUUAGGUUUGAUUUAGUUUUUCUGAUUUCUAGUGUUAGUGGAAGGGAGUGAUAGAGUAGAGAGUUUGAAGAAUAAUUGUGGCGCUGCUGCUGCUAGUUGUUAAUUUUACUGAGUUGUAAUUAAAUUCCAACAAACUAUUGAGUAAUUCCAGUCUUGUGAUUUCUUUUUAAUAAAAAGUUAAAUUGAAAUGA